ACUUGACGGAAAACUGGUGUGAAGAAAAAAUAAGUCGUGUCGGACCCCUGAUUACUCAUUCAGUCCAGGUACAGCGGAAGUCAACCGACCUGUGGUGCUCCGCUCGCGUUACUCUUGUUUGCGUGCGCCAGAAUUAUUUCGGGAAGCCCUAUCGCUGUGUCGUGCCUCAUUGGGAAUAAGAGAGGAGAGGGAUGCAUAUUAAAUAAGCGCUCUUGUGUUUCAGUGCACUCGCGCGGGGGAAUGAUGCAUUGAGGACGGGCUGCUCUGCGGGCGUUUUAUCUACCGAGCUCCGUUACACCUAACGCGAACGGCGAGGCAUCUCAAUGGCUACUCUUUUGCGAAAAAUCGGGCUCAUUCGCCUACACGACCGAGACACGGAGGACCCGAAGCAUCACCACCAGGGCUCACUGAAAGGGACUAAAGGCAACCAGAAGAACAACAACAUGAAGCACUGCAACACCAGCAACGAGACCAACAACAUCCUCAGCACGCCCGAAAUCAAAGCCAGGCGCUUCGACGUGUCCGGUAAGGACAAGCCCGCCGUCAAACCGGACAAACCGAGCAAGGACGCGAAAGAGAAGGAGCAAACAGGAGGCGGCUCCGUGAUGCCCCCGCCGGCGGCGCACCGACAGCACUGCACCCAGGUGCGGACGCGGAGGCUGAUGAAGGAGCUGCAGGACAUCCGGCGGCUCGGAGACAGCUUCAUCACGGUGGAGCUGGCGGACGAUAACCUCUUUGACUGGAAUGUGAAGCUGCAUCAGGUAGACAAGGACUCCGCGCUGUGGCAGGACAUGAAGGAGACCAACACCGAGUACAUACUGCUGAAUGUCACCUUCCCCGACAAUUUCCCCUUCUCCCCGCCGUUCAUGCGCGUACUGACGCCGCGGCUGGAGAACGGGUACGUGCUGGACGGCGGCGCGAUCUGCAUGGAGUUAUUAACGCCCCGAGGCUGGUCGAGCGCGUACACCGUCGAGGCCGUGAUGAGGCAGUUCGCUGCCAGUCUGGUCAAAGGACAGGGUCGUAUCUGCAGGAAAGCAGGCAAGUCUAAGAAGUCCUUUAGUCGCAAGGAAGCCGAGGCCACCUUCAAGAGCCUUGUCAAGACCCACGAGAAGUACGGCUGGGUGUCCCCUCCCGUGUCCGACGGCUGAUGUCAGCGUCUUCAACGACGAUCCCGACAUGGCUUUUUCAGUUGGGUUUUCUUCUCUUUCAUCAUCAAACUUAACUACGAAAAAAACAAGCUAGCGCAUCAUAUCUUACACACAAACGUGGCACAUUCACCUCCACUCUUCUUCAUCGAGGUGCCAUGGACCGAACACUCGCUGUGACAUCACAAUUACUCAUGAGUGGUCAUCACUACAGCUAUGGACUCUGGGUACGAUUGAGGCUCCAAGCAAAGUUAAAUGUGCACCAUCUCCACUCUAUAUCCUUGUCUAUCUGUCUGUGUUCCCUCCUGUUUUUCCUCCACCCAUCCCUCUUUCCUUUUAUAGCUGACAAUGCUUUGCUCUGAGCAGCAUCAGACUUGCCCCCAUUUACAUGCAAAUCGCUUAAUAGAUAAGCAGAUCAUUACACUACAUUUGAGGUUCAGUUUCUCUGGUUUCCUCCUCCAUUGGCUGUGCAGUUUUUCACGGUUGGAUGCAAAAUGAUGAUUGUAAUUUAUGUAGAGCUGUGCUCUUUUUAUUCCGUAUGCGUGGCAAAAUGUAGACAUCACCGUGUUGCGUAGAUGGUCAUCGAUUUCCAAUGGAGAAAAAAAUACUCUAGGGCUUUGUUCAGACAGGCAGCGGAUAUCUGAUUCUUUUUUUUUGCCACAUCCGACUCCAAUUUAAUUGUCAACUCAAAGUCUGAACAGAUAUGUGGUUUGGAAUCCAACAUUUUAAGAUCUGAAUCAAUCGUUUUAGCUAAUUUUUUCUCCGCUGUUUGAUUCUUACUGUGUUGGAUAUUGAACAAGUGCACGAGUCAGCAGUUGUGGACGCCACACCGCCAUGAGAUUUCAUGAUAGACAGCGAGCAGAAGCAAAAUUCCCAGUUUUCGGUCCUCUCUUUCCACACUGACAGCUGCUCUCGGUUGUUUUAUAAGAAAGUCUGGCAUCGUGCUGACGCUUGCAUCACGACUAUGGCAACCAAAGGAGACACAUCGGAUCUCGACUACACAGUCUGAACAAACACACCACUUACAAAACGGAUUGAUAUGCAGUGUGAACAAAGCCCUCAUUGCUUCUGUUGGUCAUUCUAUUAUUUGUUUUAGGGGAAGACCAAAAGCUCUUAAUUCUGAUGAUUUAGAUACCAGAUGGCAUUAACGGAUGUCAACGUCCCAAUGGGAUCUUAGUAUUGGCGAGAGAGAGGGAUGUGACAGACAUGGUGAUGUUUGCACACGGGAUGUUGAGCGUUUGUCCCCAUGGAGCACCGAGCGACAGGAUAAUUCAUAUCGCGCAGACCUGAACCAUUGUUAACACCGAUGUAAAGAUAGUAACUUAACUUGGCACCUUCACAUGCUGAUGCCCCCAAACACGAUCAAACAUCAAUUGUAGCGAUUCGCUUGCUACCAUUUUGGCUCAUAAAUUGGUAUGCUCAUGGUUGUGGGCCUGAUUCCUCCACCUUGCGCUGACUCUGCAUCACUGUGCUGAUUAAUACUAGUCUAGAACAACAGGACAAAAUGGACAGCGGCCCAAGAAAUAAGAUCUCAAGACUGUAAACGUUGCUCUCGAAUUGCAAAAAAUCAAAGCGCAAGCUCUGUUACGGACUCUGGUAGCUGGUGCCGCCACUGUUGACGAGAGCCAGAUGAAGAAGGACAGAGGUGGGAAGAGAGCGAGACCCUGAGGGGGCGACUCCUUUAUUCUCAAACCUUGAGGAAUGAGGGCGUCUCGUUUAGUUGCCUGAUUGAUGCUCCGAGAGAGCCGAAGCUCGACGCCUUGAUGUUUAUUGACUUCUCCUUCAGAUGUCAGUGUGAAUCCAGAAUGCCUCAGACUGCAUCUUGUGAGCGAUGAGAUGUAGAAGAGCUCUGUUUAUUUAAGUCCCCACCUGAGCCAUGGCGCUGUCCACAUGGUGUGUUAAAUACAAGUGACAUGAUAGCCGAAAAGGCUCCAUUGAACAUUGGGCGUUUUAAUGGAAUAAUUCACCAUAAUUCUGUCAUUUUCUUACAUGUAUGGCGUUAUAUAUUUGCUGAAACACAAAUGGAAAACACUGGGGUGUGUACUAGAUGCUGUUUUCCAUUAUUUUGUUGAUCUUAAAAAUAGUCUUCUGGAGACGUACAACAAGGAAAAACCAAAAAUUAAGAAAAGUUUGAGCGGAUUCAAAUAGGGCGCAUUUAAACUCCAGUGAUUUUUGAUGUCUGUGGCAUUUUUAGUCAUUGACAUGAUUCAUCCUUGUUGAUUUUGAAGUAUGAAUAUGUGGAAAGGUAAAUAAGAGUUAGGGUGAAGAUAAUACAAGAUCCCACCUUUAUGGGAUUUUGUUGGCCACUCUAUGUUCUCGUCAGAAGUGUAAAAUAAUGUGCAUGUGACACCAACAUUAUACUUUUAUGGUGCAUUUUUUGUCAUUUUGGAGCUUGACAGCUUUAAUUAUAUGGAAAAGAGCAGCAAUUACAUUCUUCAGAAUACCUCCUUUUUUGUUUUAUAGGAAAAUGUCAGUCAUACAUGUUCGGGUGCAAAAAAACUGUGACAGAUUUUUCAUUUCUGAGUGAAUUAUUCCCUAAACAUGAUGCUUCAAGGUGGGAAGAAUCAGAUUUCCUUGUUGUGAGGAUGCGUUUCAUAUGAUAUUUUCAGGAUAUUCUUCUUCAUACAUGGAAAGAGCAUGUGCCAAAAGCUUAAUGCACAUUGUCCCCAUAUCCUUGUGUGUAACUGCUGUGCUUUCAGUAGAAAGAAGAUUUUAAAUGUCACAUGAGAAGCUGCUAAUUAAUAUGGCAUUUGAACAACAACAAAAAUGAUGAAGACACUGAUGUAUAAAUGAUAAAACCAGAAAUGUUGAUGCCUUGAUGGUGGAUAAAGAGGAAACAACACUGUUAACCCCUCAUUGAUAUUUAUUUCUGUCUAGUACAUGUAGCUUUUUGUGUUAUUGAUAUUAAGGUUAUCCAGUACAAUGAAUGGUGAGUGUGCAGUGCUUCAAAACAUUUUGCUGUAUACUGUGAUCGUUUAAUCCUGGUCAUCCAAAUGAAAUACACGUUGAUCACCGGAGAACCUGUAAUUCAUGUUCGCAUCACUGCAGCCAUUGUAAAAUUAUUGUAGAUUUCUGUGUCUGGUUGGAAAUGGUAUCUCUUAUCACGACUGAAGUGCAUUUGGUCUUCUCUAGACUUUGUUUGGACAUUAUUAAAAAGUGGUCGUGUGUUUUCCUAUUUAGCGAGAGGAGAUACUAUACCAAGGACUUAUUAUAACCAGUCAAAAAUAUCGCGAAAUUGGAUGUUUUCCAGUUUAAAGCAUAAUUUUGUGAUAUAGUUUAGAUCAGUAGUUUGCAGAAACUAACUAACAGAGUUAAUCGUCCAAACGAGUGAGAUGAUUCUGUUGUAUUAUAUCUGCAUGUGGUCUGUGAUUGUUAGCUAGCUAACUUGUUUUCUUUUUCUUUUCUUUUAAAGCAAGAAAGUAAUGGAAAAAGAGCAGAAGCCGCUUCUUUGUAUUUUUGUUUGUUUGUUUCAGUUCGUCCUAAUUUUCUUUGUUAAUGUCCUUUAAAUGUCAAAUUAUGUUCUAUGUAUGUGUUUUAAUUUAUUUUUUGUAGUUUGCCAAAAUGACGAUUUUGAAGCAUGUUGCAGGCAUUGUCACUGAUGAUAAAAAGAGAAAGAAAAAUAAAUGAAAAAAAAAAAAAAAAAAUCUAAUAUAUGUACCUGAAUUGAAAGGAGUCUGGUAUAUGUAGUGAUCUCAGGCUUUCAUGGGGUGAAAGGUCAAACUAAGACAAUGUGUCAUGCCAGGUUGUGGUCAGAUCAAAACCAAACAGGAAUGUGCAAUAAAGGCUGUAGGCUAAUUCCACCCUGGAACAA